AUGUCCUCGUUUCAGGGCGAGCCGCCGUCGCUGGACGAGCAGGCGCGGUUCGAGAUCAUCAUGAAGCACGGCCACCAGGACCUCGUGCAGGCGGUGGCCUUUAAUGCGUACGGCGACCGAUGCGCGACGGGAUCGGUGGACGGCAAGAUCCGGGUGUUCAACCGGCAUGCCGGAGGAGUAUGGCGGCUCUGCGACAGCUGGCUGGCGCACGGGGGAGAGAUAUUGGAGCUGCAAUGGCUCCCCCCAACGAUCUACCCGAACCUGCUGGCAUCCCUCGGAGUCGAGGGCCGCUUCAAGCUGUGGACCGAGGACCCGGCCGCAGCACCCGGCCGGCGGUUCAGCCAGCGGGCCAAGGGCAGCAACGGCAAGGCAGCAUACGAGACGCGGUCGCCCCGGUCGGUAUACCGGUCGUUCUCGAUGCGGCACAACGACGAGACGCGCCACACGAACCUGGCGCUGCUGGCGGCCGACGGGACAUUGACAGUGCUCGAAAACGAACAGCCCGAAAAUCUGGCUGACUACACCAACGUCGACGAGCUGCGCGUGUGUCCGCGACCACCACGCGGCGAAGAAGCCAGCUUCCGCGUGCGUUUCGAUCCCAACCCGGACCCCUGCUACACGGCCCUGCGAGCGGGCGUGCGUGCCGAUGCUCUGGGACUCGUCAUCGCCGCCAUGGAUACCGUCCGGAUCUACCGCACCCGCCCCAUCACCACGACCUCCUACGGCCUGCAGGGUACCGGCCGGGCCUUUUAUCUGGCUGCCGAGAUCCGUGGCCAUCGUGGCCUCGUGCGUGACGUCGCCUGGGCUCCCGGCAACUUCCGUGGCUACGACAUCAUCGCCACCGCCUGCCAGGACGGCUAUGUUCGCGUCGUCCGUCUCGACACGCCCUUCUCGGCCGCCACUGAUGGCAAGUCCUGGGCCGUUGCCGACGUCGUCAAAACCAGUGCUGCCGACGGCCGCAAGAAGCGCGACGCCAAGCCCACCUCAGCCCUCAGUGCUGCUGCUGCCGCCGCCGCCGCUGCUGCUGCUGCUACUACUUCUGCUGCCUCGGCCAUCACGACAGAUCCCGUUGGUGAUGGCGAUACAGCUGGUGUCGGUGUCGGCCAUAUCGGCGGCGCCACAUCGGCGCUUUCGGCCGCCGUCGCUGCAGCCUCUAACAACGGCAUGCUCGGACCCGACACGGCGGCUGACGGCAUAUCUGGGACAGGCUCCGGUGCUGCUGAUGAUGGCAUCGUCGGCACCGAUAAUAUCAGCUCCACAGCCACGCCCUUUUCGCCCGGGCUGCCUGUUCCCGAAUCUGAUCGCAAUCCGGCCACGGCCCUCCACAACGACCGACGUGGGACCGGCGAACCCGGCCAGGUCCGACACACGGUACGCGAGCUGUCCAGGCUGGAGAACCGACGGACGCCAGUGUGGCGCGUGGCCUUUGACGACGACGGCCAGAUCCUUGGGACUGUGGGCGACGAUGGCAAGCUGCUGUGCUACCGUCAGACGCCGGACGGGGCAUGGGCUCGCAGCUCGGAGCUGACCGUGAUGAAGAUGCGCAUGACAGCCUCCUGA